AUGGCACCAAACAGAGGAGCUUCCUCCUCUAAGCAAUCGAACAAAUCUGCCUCCAAAAAGUCCUCUUCCUCAUCUACCCUGGCAUCGAAAUCUCGAGUUUCAAAAUCCUCUGCAAACAAGAACGCUAAACGUCCACCCCCAAAAGAAGUUAAAACCAAAGCCCGGACGGAGAAAGCCCUCCAGAAAAAGACGAAGAAGCGGGAGUAUACGGAGAAGGAAUUGAAUUUGCCCGCGCUCAAUAUGAUUACACCUGUCGGUGUGCAGAAACCAAGAGGGAAGAAGAAAGGGAAGGUUUUUGUGGAUGAUCAAGAGAGUAUGAUGACUAUUCUAGCAAUGGUUAACGCUGAAAAGGAAGGUCAGAUUGAAUCGAAGAUUAUGAAAGCGAGACAGAUGGAAGAAAUCCGUGAAGCCAGAAGGAAAGAAGCAGAGGCGAGACAAGAACAGAGGAAAUUCAAAUAUGAAGAAACUAAGGAAUUAUUGAAACGGAAGCGGAAAAACGGCGGAAAAGAGCAACAAGCAAAGAAAGAUAAUGAUCAGUCAACUACACCUCCGAAAAAGCCGAAUAAGAAACGCGUUGCUUUCGCCUGA